AUGGGACUCAGGCCAGAGAUCAAGAAACAGGUUGGAAUGCAAGAGAUCCGCGACUUUCCUACCCUAGUGAAUAAGAGUAGGAUUUAUGAUGAGGAUAGCCAUGCUGAAAAGGCACAUUACCGAAACACUGGAAUCAUGAAGGACAAGAGGCCUAUGCAUCAUAAUAGAGGAAAACCUUACUAUUUCCCUCCUAGUAGAUCUGGAAGUCGUUUGAAUUAUCAACAACACAGUUUUUCAGCUAGAAAAGGAGCUAGUAGUGGUAACGGAAAAGGAAAUGGGAACAGUUAUAGUUAUGGGAGUGGUAGAGGAAACCCCAAUGGACGAGGAGUUAGUAGCGGAAAUAGUAACAACAUGAGUCAAGUCUCACGCAACAACAAUGGUAAUAAUGGUUACCUAGCUACUCCUAUCCGAUGUAGCAGGUGUGGAAAGCAGGGUCACAUGACAUAUGAAUGUAGAGAUGCUGGAAUUACUUGUUUUAAUUGUCAACAACAAGGCCACAUUAGCACCACAUGCCCUUACCCAAGGAAGACUCCACAGCCUGGAAACCAGAGUUCCCAAGCCAGCAGACCUAAAUCCAAUGGAAGAGUCUUUGCCCUCAGUGGUGCAGGAGCGUCUGAGAAAGACAACUUGAUCCAAGGUACGUGUCUCAUAAGUGAUACUCCUUUAUUUGUACUAUUUGAUUGUGGUGCCACUCAUUCUUUUGUUUCUCUUGAUUGUGUUAGACGUUUAGGACUACAUGUAUCUCGUUUACAGUAUGAGUUGAUUGUGAAUACCCCAACUAGUGAUUCUGUUGAUACCUCUAGUGUUUGUCUUGACGUUUCUAUCCAUGUGUGUGGAAGGGACUUUCGAGUUGACUUAGUGUGUCUACCUUUGCGUCUGGUUGAUGUGAUUCUUGGUAUGGAUUGGCUAUCUGCCAACCGUGUCCGCGUAGAUUUUUUUAGUAAAACCAUUGAAUUCAUGGAGUCAGAAGAGAGGGAUAAGCCUAGCAAUAUAUCCACCAACCAAGUGAAGGCACUCUUGAAAGAAGAUGCCCAGUUAUACAUGAUCCUUCCCUCAUUGGAAUUUGAAGAAAAAGUGGUAAUACGAGAUGUUCCUAUUGUGUGUGAAUUCCCUGAAGUAUUCCCUGAAGAUGUCACUAGUUUACCACCAGAGCGUGAAAUUGAGUUUAGCAUUGACCUUGUACCAGGUACUGGACCCAUAUCCAUGGCACCGUAUAGGAUGUCUCCCUUAGAAUUGUCUGAGCUUAAGAAACAAUUGGAAGAGCUUUUAGAUAAACAAUUUAUAAGGCCUAGUGUUUCACCAUGGGGUGCACCUGUGUUGUUGGUUAAGAAGAAGGAUGGCUCUAUGAGGUUAUGCGUAGAUUACCGUCGACUUAAUAAAGUGACAAUCAAGAAUAAGUACCCGCUACCUAGGAUAGAUGACCUUAUGGAUCAAUUGAGAGGAUCAUGUGUGUUUAGUAAGAUCGAUCUGAGGUCAGGUUACCAUCAGAUCCGCGUGAAACCUUCUGAUACCCCUAAGACCGCCUUUAGGACCCGUUAUGGCCAUUACGAGUAUUUGGUUAUGCCUUUUGGUGUUACUAAUGCACCAGCAGUGUUUAUGGAUUACAUGAAUCGGAUCUUUCAUCCUUACCUCGACUCUUUUGUGGUUGUGUUUAUAGAUGAUAUCUUAGUGUACUCUAAGACUAAGGAAGAACAUGGUGAACAUCUAAGGAUAGUCUUGAAAACCCUUAAGGAGAAACAAUUAUUUGCCAAGUUGUCUAAGUGUGAAUUUUG